UCCUGUUGUUGACAUGUGUUUGUGUUUUUUGAGAAUUCUGUUUGGGUUUCUUACAGGAAAAAGUAGUAUAUUACCCUAAAAAAUGGGUAAAUUGAGUGUUGUUACACUUCGCUAUUUGUCGCGAGAAGAUUUUCGUGCGUUAACUGCAAUUGAAAUGGGAAUGAAGAAUCAUGAAUUGGUCCCAGGUCCUUUAGUUGCAUCUAUUGCAAACCUUAAACAUGGAGGUUGUCAUAAGCGAUUGAUGGAAUUGACAAGAGGUAGAUUAGCAGUUUAUGAAAGAGGAAGACGCUAUGAUGGUUAUCGACUAACCAAUCGUGGAUAUGAUUAUUUAGCUCUUAGAGCUUUAGCUUCAGCGGAUGUUAUUGCUUCAGUUGGAAAUCAAGUAGGGACUGGUAAAGAAUCAGAUAUAUUUAUUGUUGCUGAUAAAGAUGGAAAAGAAAUGAUUUUGAAAAUUCACAGACUAGGAAGAACUUCAUUCAGAAAAAUAAAAGAAAAAAGAGAUUACCACAAGCACAGAAAUAGUGCUUCUUGGUUAUAUUUAUCAAGACUAGCUGCAGUGAAAGAAUUUGCAUUUAUGGAUGCUUUGCACACCCGCGGUUUUCCUGUGCCAAAGCCCAUCGAUUUCAAUAGGCAUUGUGUUGUUAUGGAAGUCAUCAAAGGCUACCCUUUGUGUCAAGUUCAUUCUGUAAAAGAUGUCCCUUUGUUGUAUGAAGAACUGAUGAAUCUCAUUGUCAAGCUUGCCAACCAUGGACUUAUACAUAGUGAUUUUAAUGAGUUCAAUCUAAUACUUGAUGAAGAUGAUAACCCAACACUAAUUGAUUUUCCACAAAUGGUGUCCACAUCUCAUCCUAAUGCAGAAUGGUACUUCGAAAGAGACGUUAUGUGCAUUCGAGAGUUCUUCAAGAAAAGGUUUGACUAUGAAAGUGAAUUGUACCCUACAUUUAAAGACAUUGAACGAGAAGAUACUCUAGAUUUGGUUACAUCUGCUAGUGGAUUUGCAAAAGAAGUGCAACAAGAAUUAGAGGAGGCUGUUCGAUUAAUGACUGUAGAAAAGAAAUCUGAUGAAAGUGGAGAAUCUGAAGAUGACACUGACACAUCACCUAAUAAUGAUGCAGUAAAGGAGAAGGAAAAAAGUAAAUCCAUUUUGGAAAGAUACUUGAUAGAUUCAGUUCAGUCUAUUGACCUUGAAGAUGAAAAUGAUCAUUUUGAAACUGAGAAACAUUCUGUGACUGAAGAGAAAAUUGCAGUUAACUGUGAAUUAGCUUCAGCACAAGAGUAUAAUCAUUCUUUAGAAACAGAUGUCAAUUCGGAGCACAAUCCUGUGAAACAAAGUUCUUCAGUCAUUGGUAAAAAAAGUCUUGCACGAAGCAUCCGGUCUGUAACUACAAUACCUCCAGAAGAAGUAAAGCUUAGAUUGAAGAAAGAACAAAACAAAAAAGAAAGAAAAAUGGAUAGAAAGAGAAUAACCGUCAAAGGUGAGGCAAGUGCUGUGAAUCGUCAGCGUAGAGAUAAUAGUGAAAACAUUAAAGCAUACUGUUUUUUCAAUGAAUGGUGAAUAAAUAUUAUGAAAAUAAAAUUAUUUGUUAAAUGUUAAAAGAUUAUUUUAUUUGGACAUAAAUAACCAAAAUAUACAUAAAUAUUCAAGAUAAAUAAAAUUUACAUAAAUAUAAAUUUUUCAGUGUAAAUGGUAGCUAGUUAUAAGUUUAAAUAAGUAAAGUUAUUUUUCAAAAUAACAAGCUCUGGUGGAGCAGGAAAUUU